AAGGUCACGUAGACCGCCACUUGGAGCGAGGUCUGUAGUUUCGCUCCUCAUUCAGCGAUUCCGCCCAAUUCAACGUUUGGUGUGCGGUUGGUGAGGUGUCUGUGGUUGCUUCAUUCCCAUGCAUCAUUCUGUGAGUUGGCUGCGUUAACUCGCACUAUAUGCGCAACAGAAACGAAUGCAACACGCAAAGUUGCGCGGUGCGAACUGACUACCAUCCGGAGCGGCGUGCUGCUGCGAUUCUGGCUUCGAUCGCCUGACUGGGGAAAGUGUGGGUGUCGUAGGCGUAGCGUAUUGCUGUCAAAGCGGCGAUUUCUGACAAGGGCCACGUCAAACGCUACUGAGCCGCAGUCGUGACCACUCUGUGAACAGGACGUCAAACGAAGUGAGCUCCAGCUCGUGCGAAGUUUGUCAAGCGAAGUUCUCUGUGGCCUUCAACAAACUAAGGCAAUGGUGGUGAAAAACAUCUGCUGCAUAGGAGCGGGCUAUGUUGGGGGUCCCACGUGCAGUGUUAUUGCCCACAAGUGCCCCGACAUCAAAGUUGUGGUCGCGGACAAGAGCCCAGAGCGCAUCAAGCAGUGGAACUCUGAUGAGCUGCCUAUUUACGAGCCUCACUUGGAUGACAUUGUCAAAAGCUGUCGUGGACGGAACCUCUUCUUUUCAUGCAACAUAGACAAGGCUAUUCAGGAGGCUGAUCUGAUCUUCAUUUCAGUCAACACACCAACGAAGAACUAUGGGUUUGGAAAGGGAAGGGCAGCCGACCUGCAGUAUGUGGAGGCUGCUGCCAGGAACAUAGCCGAGAAGGCCACUACACCAAAGAUUGUUGUUGAGAAAAGCACUGUCCCAGUCAAGGCUGCAGAGAGCAUUAGCCGUAUCCUCAAGGCCAACAUAAUGCAGGGAGCUAACUUCCAGGUUCUUUCAAACCCCGAAUUUCUAGCUGAAGGCUCAGCUGUUGCGGACCUACUUCACCCAGACCGCAUCCUAAUUGGGGGAGAGCAGACACCCGAAGGCCAGGCGGCUAUUCAAGAGCUGUGUUCGGUGUACAAGCACUGGAUUCCUGAAGACCGUAUCAUCACCAUGAACACCUGGUCGUCGGAGCUUUCCAAAUUGGCUGCAAAUGCUUUUCUAGCCCAGAGGAUUUCUAGCAUCAAUGCGGUCUCUGCAAUCUGUGAGUCAACUGGAGCUGACGUUUCUGAAGUGGCACACGCCAUUGGAAGUGACAGCAGAAUUGGCACAAGGUUUCUACAAGCUAGUGUUGGUUUUGGAGGCAGCUGCUUCCAGAAAGAUGUGCUGAAUUUGGUUUACCUGUGUGAAUGCCUCAAGCUUCCAGAGGUUGCCAACUACUGGUAUCAGGUUGUGGAAAUGAACAGCUUCCAGAGGACUCGGUUUGCCCAACGAAUUAUUGAGCGGCUCUUCAACACUGUGGCCAGGAAAAAGAUUGCCGUGCUUGGCUUUGCCUUCAAGAAGAACACUGGUGACACGAGAGAAAGUGCCGCUAUCUACGUGUGCAAACACUUGAUGGAAGAAGGAGCCUUUCUCAACAUCUAUGACCCAAAAGUUCCAAAGCAGCAGAUCAUCGAUGACCUCAUUGGCUCGGGAGAGCAGGGCGAUGUGUUGAAGCAAGUGGAGAUUUUCCAGGAUGCCUACUCUGCUGCUCAAGACACUCAUGCCAUUGUUAUUUGCACAGAGUGGGAUGAAUUCAAGACCUUGGACUACCAACAGAUCUAUAAUGCCAUGCUCAAACCUCCGUUUCUCUUUGACGGGAGGCGCAUUGUUGACAUCGCCAAGCUCGAAUCCAUCGGCUUCCAAGUUGAGGUGGUUGGCCAGAAGACGGCGCGUCACAGUCUCAACCGUCACAUUGCCAACCACAUCUGAGGUGGGGUGGCCACUGGUGCCUCAUCCUGGCUGCACUGCCAAGCUCUAGGCUUUUGUUGCAUUUUUAGGGUCCACACACAGAUCAGAGAAUCAGAAUUGUGCUUGCUAACGCUGUGGGUUACUCAAGCAUGAUUAGCUGAUAGCAGAUGUGAUUGAACCCCUCCCAUUUUCCAAGUUUAGGUUUCCAAGAUAAGCUUUAAGUAGUAUGUUGGACAACGAUGCAUUUUGGUCACAAUUAUUUGUUUGCAAGGUCGUUACUAUGUAAUCAAGAUUGUUAAUUUAAUUCAUCAGAUUAUUUGCAUGAGUUGCACUCGUAAGCAGAAAUAACCUUAGCUGAAGUAAAAAAAAAGUUAGCUUAUGCUUUGACUUGUGUCAUAGCCAUGGAAGCCUUGGGAGUAUUCUCAGAGAGCUAAAGUUUUUCUCUUUGGCUUGCACUACUAUUUAUGAGUGCGGGAACUUUGUUGGGAAACAGAAGCUUGCAUUUGAGGCCCUUAUAGUUGCAAUUAAGUUGUGUUUUAUGCAUUUGCCUUGCCCUGCAAGCAGUAUAUAGGCUACACUUGGCUUCUAAUGCACCCUUUGCUCUAUCUAAUCCAGACAAAGUAGUACAAGUGGAACAGUAACAGAAUUAUUGUGCAUCUGAUGUGCAACAUGCUGUGUUGAAGCGGUGAAUCAAAAUGCAUCAGCAUCAAUGAGUAGAGAUCUGAACACCAUAUCAUGUUUCUCUGUGCUUAGAUGUCUUUUAGAUGCUCUUAAUCAUUUGCACAGGAAUUCAAUGCAUACCGUUUGCUUCUGUGCCACGAAACACUCUAUCAAGGCAUGUACUACACACUGUGUGCCAGUAAUAGCUACUGUUCUGACAGGCAAUUCUUUUUUUACACAUUAUACAUACAAGUCUUAUUGUUUUGUGCAUUUCUUGCAUCUGUGUAGCACAGGCAUUCUUUGUUCCUAUAUUUGGCAGUGUAUUCAGGUAUUUGUUUUAGUACUUGGUAGAGGAGGGACUCAUCUUUGGGGCGUUUCAACACAAGAAGAGUCCCUAUUCUUUGUUUUACACUGUUAUGCUUAGUUAUCAAAUCAAAGAGUGUUAUUUGCUCCUCUAGGUUGUUCACGUAAGCUUUUGUUUGUAUGACAGGCUUCUUGUGUUUACUUUUUAGGUGAGCAUUAAUUUCUUUAGGUAGUCAUUGUAUUAUAUACUUUGGGUGCUUUUUAAUGCGACGGUGCUUGUUUAUGCUGGUGUUUUAAAAUUCUGCUCUUAUAUACCACCCUUUACAGUGGUGCACUGCUCUGUAUUUUUUUUAAUUCCUCUGUGUUUUUCGGUGUUAUACAGUCGACUUCUAUUAAUUCAACCCUGAUGGUACUGACAAAAUUGAUUCAAUUAUUCGGCUGGUAGGGUUAAACAAGACUCAUAAAAAAUGCCAGAACACACUGGCAAUUCAUUUGACAGUAUUUGCCUGAUGCUAACAUGCCUCCAAAUCAAACGCACGCCUACUUUACAUGUGUGUAACAUAGCCAUGGCUAUAAAGCUACUAAAUGAAACAGAUUUAACGCACACCUGAUAUUUUAGCAGGAAACUUGUUGCACAAUGAUGGCCGGUUUCUUAAAGUCAGCUUUGCCAGACUUUUUUUUUUUUUAAGUCAACUUCGCCGCAAUACAUCCGUGGUAUGCGGUAAAGCAUGCAUUGUGAAGGCAGUUUUUGUUUCGUAUUAGAUUUCACCGUGCAAACAGUUCACCCAAUUUUCCUUUUUUUUUCCAAAAAAGCAUUUGUUACAAUUGCGUGAGUACCGUAAUCAGACAUUGUGAACUGUUGUUAUUGCUUGAAUAUCUUCCUAGGGUGGGCCAAAAAGAGGCGUUUUAAGUGGGAGAUGACAUGUAUUCAACGCAUUCACUGUCACCUAAGCUCCACCGAGACAGACACUGCCACUGAAGGGGUCACCACAGGGGUCAGGCACAUACAUGCUGACUGGUCAAGUUUGAAUUAUCCAGCAAAAGCCAAUUUUAGGAUCAAAAUUACGAAAGUUUGGGCCCAUUGAAAUGCGUGGGUGCCAGCCCGGACCUUAGGCUGUGUUCAAUUUAGCCGAGAAAUCGAAUUAAUGUAAGUCUACUCUAGUUCUCUCAUUUUCACUUGCCACAUAAAUACCAAAAAAAAAACAAUCUUCACCAACAUAAACCACUGUCUUUCACCUGAACAGCUGCAUGUGUAUGAUAAGAGAACAAGUUCUUGUGUGUAAAUGACAUGUCUAAUGUAUUCAUGUCUUUUGUGUAGUUAUAACUAGGUUGUGCUGCAGUGAAUGCUCAAGUUUCCAGCUGGAUGAUAGCCAUCCCACCACUAUCACUAUUAAAAUUCAGUUUAUUUUCAUCUUCAGUUCAUUUUUAGCACUGUAGUAUGAUUAGGAUCGUGAAAAGCAGUUUAUUUCAUUUCACUCUUACUGGGUGUCCUGCAGUACCUGUCUGUAAAACUCGGCAAUCUAUAAACUCCAGCACUGAUAAUGACUUUUACCAAUGCAAUUGCUUAAUUCGCAUGAAGCAUGUGGUAAGUUUGCUGCCAUGCUGAUGAAACUUGGAGUCAAGGUAUGCUUUCUCAAGAAAACCUCCAGCAAUCGUGCAACUAAAUAAAUGUCAAAAUCUGACUGUAAAAAAUAUAAGGCAUGCUCUGGUGCAAAUAUUACUGAAAAGGACACUAAAUGGGAACACUAAAGACUACUAGUAUAGAUAACUCUUUAUAAGCUCCCCCUUAUGUAGUUAUUUGGUGAAGGAGAAUAGCCUGUUGGCAGAGAAAAUAAAGGCCAUAAGUUCCCUUCUUAGAUGUCAUGCCGCGACAACUGCACCAGUGAUAUUAUUGUAACAUAGUGUACCUUGUGGUAUUUUUGCACGUCUGACUUUGCAAAAGUCUACAAACUUUGCCAUCUUAUGCUUUCAUUUGUUUUCUAAUGCCAUGUUAUCUUAUUCUCUUUAUGUUGAUAAACAGUUUGCUAAAUUUUGGUCCAGAGGCUGCCACAGUCUAUAAGGUCAUGAGAAAGUUGACACGGAAAUUUUAAAAGUUGCAUUGCCUCCUGCCUCUCGCUUGUACUACAUUGUAAGAAAAUUCAAAGCAUGCCCUUUGAUUUCUACAAUGUGUAGAUCAUGACUGUCUGAACAAUCAACAGCCACUGGAUUCAUAACUGUCUGUUGGCACCAAAAGUUCUCAAGAUGCGUGACAAUAUUCUUCCUGCAGUGAAAGGGAAUUUUAUUGCCCUCAAGUUUCACUUGAUCCCUACAAAGCACAUGACUACAUGAGUUCCACUGUGCUUUGCAAAUAACAGAUAUAAAAUUAUAUAUAGUAUGUUUCUAGUUGAGGCUGUUUAUUGCUCAGUUUUGUCUUUUAUGUUUUAUUAUGGGUUUGUAGUGUUUAAGAGCAUGACACUGUGGUUGUUAGUAAAUGUUGUGUGUCUGCUGAAUUCACUUGUUUUAAUAGAACUUGUGUUUUUGUGGCUAUAUGUCCCCAGAUUUGCAUUUUUAUGUAUGGGUAGGUAUCUGCAAUGCUGAACAAUAUGUGGCUUAUGUUAUACACUUGGUAUUAUAUUCUGUCUAUGUUCUUGUUUUGUUUUUUUAAUCACUGAAUUAGAAGUUGGCUGUUGAGUAAGCAUUUCAGAGGAAAAAUUUAUUGCAAGUGCCUGCAGACCCUAUCUCCUACAUGGCUGCUGCUGCCCCAAAGUACUGUAUUGUCUUAUCCUUCUGUUUGAUGUUGAGGUUGUGUCAUUACUGCUGUUGUCAGUGAAGUGAAAGGAUCAUUUUGGAAGUUUUUUCAUGAAUUUAAUGCUGUAUGAUCUGUUCUCAUGUUCCACACCAAUAAAUUUAUUUUUGUACUCAG